UGUGACCGUUUGCACAUGUGCGUGCACGUAAAGGCGAGUGAACGCUCAUGCAAUUAACGGCUGCGCUGUUUUUCUUCAACCGUGAGAUGGCGAUAGGCAAAGUUGCUCGGUGGCUCUCGCUUUGGUUGGAGGUUAGAGUCGACUGUCGAGUUUAGUUUAGUUAGAGUUCGAACUCUCUGACCGAAGAUCAGUGCAUGUUGACGAAGAUCGGUGAGCGGUGUUCUUGACUGGGCCUCUUUUCGUUGACGGAUGGCCAGAGUGCGCAAAUCGCUGACCAACACGUCCACGUCCUGACCUCAUUUUCGUCCAGCCGCUGUCGAGCGAUGGGCAACCAGGUGGGCAAGAAGGUCAGCGAUAAGGCCUCGUCAGACGAGCAUAAGAGCACUACUAGCUCAGUGACGCCAAGUGUCAACAGUCAGCAGGUCACCGCUGAUAUGUCGAGAAGCUCCUCCGGCGCCGACAUCCAAAACCAUUCGCACACCCAGUUCCUGCCCAUAGACAGACUUGCAAAGAUUUUAACAGAAAUAUCGCAAAAAGAAGAAGCUGUAAAUGGCAUCACACGGACAGUCUUUCAAAAGUACCUAUUUCCCCACCAUCAAUUUCUUGCUGAUCGACUAUUCACACAUUUGCAUACUUCAUCAAAGGCUACCACUAUGCACUUAGGCCAAUCUGCAUUCAAACAGCAGGCUGAAAAAUUUUUAGCUAUAAUGAAUGAUCAAACAGUACUUGAGAACUAUGUCAAAAUGUUUUCCAAAAAUAAGGAAGAGAGUGAAAUUACGCCGGAUGGACUUAAAGAGUUACUUAUUAUUUCUUAUCGAUUAGCUAUGUGCAUAGAAGAUGGACAUGGAUUUUGUCCACAAUUAUUUAAUACUGUAGCUGCUGUAGUUACUUCAUGUUUUCACGGCAAAGAUACUUUAUCAGUCAGUUUUGUAAGUAACUGGCUUUGGCAAAACUGUUCCCGAAUUGUGUUUGGAAUGCACAGGUAUCUGGUUCACACCUUAACCACGGCAUAUCGUAGUGGUAAAACACUUAUGUCUAGUGAAGAGUCAGGUCCUCAUUUAGUACCAUCAACACCUAUUCUUGAUCAACCAGACAAUGUUGACUUUUCAGAAACACUUUUACCUAUUAGUCAUGUCUGGAUAUUGACUGCAACUUUACCAUCCUGUUAUAUAAAGACAGAAGAGGACUUGCACAAAGAUGGCAUGCAAGCAUUGAUAACAAAAAUGUCAGGCGCCGUGUGUCCUCGCCACUGGACCUUGCUAUACAACAGCAAUCAACACGGGGCCGGUGCGAAUCGUUUUUUGCAUCACGUACUCGGCUACAAAGGCCCGACUUUGGUGUUCAUCCGGGGCGUGAGCGACACUGAUGAUAAGCGCACCUAUCCAACCUACUGCGUGUGCUCAGCGCUCGAGUGGCGCGAGUCCCACCUGUAUUGGGGUAACGAGGACUCGGUGGUUGUCGAGUUGCUCCCCAACUUCCGCGUGGUUGAGAAGGGCUCAAAGAUGCUUUACUUGAACACGGGCAUCCGGGGCUACCCGCAGGGCUUGCGUGCCGGCCUCGACCCGCGUAACCCGAAGGUCAUCAUCGACCAAAACUUCAACGAGGUCAAUUUUGCCGGAGUGCCUUAUCAGCUGGCUAGUCUCGAAGUCUGGGGCUGCGGCGACACCAAGUCCAGAGAGAGACAGCUGGAAAUCAAGAAGUGGCAGGUCAAGGAGGCUGAGAAGCAAAGGGUGGUCAAGCUUAGUACUGCCGAGUGGCUGGAUCAUCCGGACCGCUACCUCCUCGAGCUCGCCGGUCGGCCAUCCUACAACAACUCCAGUAGCUAAACCGAAUAUCUACUUCCUUUUUUGUUGAACAAUUGUACAUAUGUAUAUAUAUAUAUACGCAAACGCUCAAGCUCACAAUGCUAAUUCGUCCUACAUUUUAAACUACCGAUUGUUCACGGCGCUGCAUGCUUCUCUUUCUUGUUUUUCUAAAAGAAUUUAUUAAAGUUGUUGAAAAAUAUUCGCUCAUCCAAUGUUACAUGCCUUUUUGCAAUUAAUUAAU